AUGUCUGCGUCCGACUACUCUUCUUCUGAUCAUGAAGAGACCGAACAGUCUCUUGUGCGACACAGCGAUCUUUGGUUCGUGGACGGUUCGAUAGUUCUCAGAGCAGAGAACACGCUUUUUCGCGUCCACAUGUCGCAACUCUCCCGGAGAUCUGCCUUCUUCCGCGAUCUGUUCUCGUUACCGCAGCCCGCCACACGUCUCUUACCCUCUGUUGCGGAUUCAGACGCACUUGACGAACUGGACGUGUCCUCGCAAUCCACGAUGCUUGAGGGGUGUCCUGUUUUGCAUCUCCAGGACGCGGCAGAAGAUUUGAGCUGCACGCUGAAGGCGCUGUAUGAUGGCCCAAAUCUUGGGACGAACGACCGCGAAGACUUUCAGGUGGUUUCUGGCAUUCUCCGCAUUUCGACCAAAUAUAUCAUAGAUUCCUUACGCGCCAAGGCGCUAGAGCACCUGAGCAUUGCCUGGCCGUUGACUCUGAAGGGAUGGGACGCUCGCGAGGACCUCGCGCACGCAUACGAGCUAGAACACGCCUCGCAUCGCGGGCACUUAUAUCCUUCACCCAUCGCGGUAAUUAAUUUAGCGCGAGAGAUUGACGCCCCCGAACUGCUUCCCUCCGCCUUCUAUGACCUCUCGCGGUACCACUUCACGCAGAUAUUCGAGCCAGGUGAUGACGAGCCCCUUGGGCCCGCGUCGCUCUCCCUGUCGGACAUGCAGAAGCUCGCGCUCGGGAAAGAGGCAUCGCAACACGCUGUGACGGGCCUCAUCCAGAGCAUGGCGAGCGGGACGCACCGCGAGUCCGCCCUCCCGCCGCAUCUCGCGAUGGUGCACAACCGCCGGCGGUCCUCCGGCCAGAUAUGCGUGUCCGCGGGCGCGUGCCGCAAGGACUUUGCUGAGCUUGUUGACCUCGCGACGCAGCACUACCUGUUCGACCGCGAACGCGGCUGCUCGGAUCCGCUCUACGUCGCCGAGGAGCUAGGGCAGCUGAAGAGCGCAGAAUUCUCGGAAUGCAAGGCGUGCGCGAAGUCGCUUGAGGCGUGGGCCGCGCGGGAGAGGGAGCGCAUGUGGAAACUAAUACCCUCAUGGUUCCGCCUGGAUGCAUAUGGGUUAGGCUCGCGGACAAGAGAUGUGAGCUUGGAGCAUGAGCCUAAGGUGGAGCAGAGGCGUUCUGGACAGUCAUCGUUGCGCCUGAUUCCACGAAGAUAG